AUGGCCUCUUUGGACCUGCCCUACCGCUGUCCUCGCUGCGGGGAGCACAAACGCUUCCGAAGCCUGUCGUCCCUCCGCGCUCACCUGGAGUAUAACCACACCUACGAGACCCUGUACGUCCUGUCCAAGUCCAACAGUGUGUGUGACGCUGCUGCUCUGCUGCCCCUAGUGGCUGAAGGAGCACUCAUCACUCCAAACAACAACGACUCUUUUGAGCCCCUGCGGCCCUCAGCAUUGAAGGAGAGGCACUUCCCCUGUCGUGAACUUCCCUGUGCAGAUGAGCUCAGUCUGACUCCUGCUCACUCCAACAGCUCAACUCGCUACAUACCCAAUGUGGAGUUUCCUCUGGGGGAGAUUUUCAUGAAGCAAGCCAUGGCAUCCACAGACCCAGGUCCUCAUGGUAACCCCAGCACAGCUGUGGCAGUAGCUGCUAAUGUGGCGGCCAGUGCAGUGGAGGCUGCCUAUGAAGAGGGGCUGGCCAGGCUGAAAGCACGAGCCUUUGAGCGACUGGAACUGGACGAAAGGCUGGAGAAACUGUCUGAAGAGGUGGAGCAGAAAAUAGCAGCUCGUGUGGGGCGGCUGCAGGCUGAGCUGGAGCGGAAGAGCUCAGAGCUGGAGAGGGCGAAGCAGGAGAGCGAGCGUCUGAGCCAGGAGAAACAGGACCUGGAGGAUAAGGCCACAGAGCUGUCGCGCCAGGUAGACGUGUCUGUGGAGAUGUUGGCCAACCUGAAGCAGGACCUGGUCAGCAAAGAAACCGAGCUCACACACAAACAGCAGGAGGUGGCCCAGAUUGACCAGUUUCUCCAGGAGACGGCAGCGCGCGAAGCCAAAGCCAAAGUCCGCCUUCAGCAGUUCAUCGAGGAGCUCCUGGAUCGAGCUGACCGCGCAGAGAAACAGCUCCAGAUCAUCAGCAGCUGUGGAACCACGCCCAACGGGAGCCUGGGCCGCUGCAGCCUGCAGGCCAACAAGGGCAACGGACGGCAGAGAAACUCAAGUCUUUCUGGAAGCACAAGGGGCAUGUACCAAGUGUCAGAGAGACGCUCCUCCCCCAGCACCGGAGCGUCCGUGCGGAUGAAGUCGGUGUCACAGGGCUCUGGGGGUUAUGACAGUGACAGCGUGGAGAUGCACCCGAUGGAGGACUGUCCGGAGACGCAGUACUACCACAUGCAGUGCAGGCUGGGAGAGGGAGGGGGCUACGAGCGCUCCCCCUCCUGCGGCGGGGCGUCCAGAAACUGGGGUCUGCGGAAACAGGCCAUUCAGAACUGGCAGAGGCGCCCGUACAGGAACAGUGAGGGAGAGGAGGGCGACGUGUCUGAUGUGGGGUCUCGGACCACCGAGUCGGAGGAGAUGUGGGAGCAGGAGAGGAGAGCUGUGGCGGAAGUCCAGCAGUCUGCACCCCCAUACCCCCAUCAUGUCAGAGCAUACUACCCCAAUAUAGGUCGACCUGAGCCCAUCUACAGCAAACCGUGCCGCCACGCCAAGAGCCCCUCCAAAUCCAACGAAGUCAUAAGUCCCGAGGUCCUGAAGAUGAGAGCUGCCCUCUUCUGUAUCUUCACGUAUCUGGACACAAAAACCCUGCUCCGAGCUGCUGAGGUCUGCAGAGACUGGAAGUUUGUAGCUCGUCAUCCGGCCGUGUGGACCAGAGUGCUGCUAGAGAAUGCUCGUAUUUCUUCCAAGUUCCUUUGCACAUUGUCUCAGUGGUGCACUCAGACACAUUCCCUUAUUCUACAAAACCUUAAGCCGAGACAGAGAGGUAAAAAGGAGAGCAAGGAGGACUAUCUUAAAAGCACACGUGGUUGUCUGGAGGAGGGUCUGGAGGCCUUGUUAAAAUCCACAGGGAGCAGCCUCCUCAUACUGAAGAUCUCUCACUGCCCUAACCUCCUGACUGACCGCUCCCUCUGGUUGGCCAGCUGCUACUGCCGAGCCCUGCAGGCCGUCACCUACAGGAGUGCCACAGACCCGGUCGGUCAGGAGGUCAUCUGGGCACUGGGGGCAGGCUGCAGAGACAUCAUCUCCCUACAGGUGGCACCACUACAUCCAUGCCAACAGCCCGCCCGCUUCAGUAAUCGCUGCCUGCAAACUAUCGGCCGAUGUUGGCCUCACCUCCGAGCUCUGGGAGUGGGCGGGGCUGGAUGUGGCAUUCAAGGGCUGGCAUCACUGGCCCGGAACUGCAUGCGGCUGCAGGUGCUGGAGCUGGACCAUGUGAGCGAGGUGAACCAGGAGGUGGCAGCAGAGGUGUGCAGAGAGGGGCUGAAGGGGCUGGAGAUGCUGGUGCUCACUUCGACCCCGGUGACCCCCAAAGCUCUGCUGCACUUCAACAGUGUUUGCCGCAGCCUGAAGUCCAUUGUGGUGCAGAUUGGAAUAGAAGAUUACUUUGAGGAUCCCAACAGUCCCGAGGCCAGAAAACUAUUUGAAGAGAUGGUGAAUAAACUCCAGGGUUUGAAGAAGAGACCAGGCUUCUCCAAAAUCCUCCACGUGAAAGCUGACAGUAUCUGCUAA